CAUUGCUCCGCUGCUCCACUCUCAUACAAGUAAAACAGCAUGGAGAGAGACUUUUAUCGAGACUCGCGACUUCGCAAAGCUCGCGGAGAACGGUUGGACACCUCGCAACGUUCGAUUCGGUUUGCGAGUGACGUUGCUAUGCCUCGGUCACCGAUGAGACGCGAACCUCGAGGCUAAUCUCCUCACUAUGGUCUGAUCUCAACCACGACCAUUUCCGCCAUCAACACCUUCAACGUCCAAAAUUCGUACAAUCUCUCGCAGAUGCAAAUAUAGCAAAGAGAAACGAAAUACCACGACCCCCAGAGCAUUUCUGCCGACCUCCAUAAUGCCUGACAACCGCGACCCCAUCAUCCAGCGGGGUGUCUAUGGCACCUCCAUCGUUGGAACAUCCCUCAUGGUUGGUCUGCGAACAGCAGAUAUCUUCCUCCAAUACGGCAUCCUAGCCAAAGGCCUCGCAGACCCUCUCCUCAACUACCUCAACGUCUCCCAAACGCCCAAUUUCGCGCCCGCAAUCGCAUUCGGACUUCCCCUCCAACCCCUCCUCAUCCUCGCCAUGGCAGCCGGCUCCAGCAUCAAACAAGCAUACUGGGUGACGUGCAUCUCGCGCGAAGAGAUGUCCCCUUCAAGUGCGAUCUUUGUCUCGAUUUUCAACACCGUGUUCAAUUCUGCGAAUUCGAUCCUUGCCCUCACGGCUGCUGCGAGCGCGUUUACGCCUUCAAUUCUUACUGAACAAGACAAGAAUGGCGCGUCGAUACUCUUGAUUGCUAGCACGGUAGCAUAUUUCGUUGGAUUGGCUGUGGAGGCUAUAUCGGAGACGCAGAGGAAGGCUUUCAAGGACGAUUCUAAGAAUGCGGGGAAGUUGUAUACUGGUGGGCUGUUUGGAUUGGCGCGCCAUAUCAAUUAUGCUGGUUAUACGAUUUGGAGAGCGGGAUAUUCGUUUGCUUCUGGAGGGUGGAUAUGGGGAAGUAUCGUUGCGGCUUUCUUCACGUACGAUUUCACGAAUAGGGCUAUUCCGGUGUUGGAUGAAUAUUGCUCUGAAAGGUAUGGUGCUUCGUGGACUGAGUAUAAGAAGAAAGUUCCUUAUAAGUUCCUUCCUGGGCUGUUUUGAUGGGACAAGGUCACAUUGUGUGGGGGUAUGGAGACAAGUUCUAAGAAAAACUAUCGCAAUUUUCCCUGCGUGUGCAGUCCUACAGAACGAACCACCGCUUGUUGAAAUUCGUCAUUGAAUGACACUCAAAACCAGCAGACAAGUGGAUGGCACAAGGUGCUAGAGAGCAUGUCUUCGAGAGCGACGGAUAGGAACAGUUUUGACUUCCUAUCGUCCAGCUUCUCACACUAUCUUCCUAUUGUAAUAUCCACCAUUUGACUAAUUUUUUCCUUCCUGGAAGUGCAACGACGGCGCAUCUUCUGGGGACCAAGUAGAGCCCACAUCUAUAGUGAGAUGCCGGCAAUUUAGAU